GUCCGUGCAGACGCGCAGUGCACUCUCAAGUUUGGAACACUCUCCAGCCCGCUCUGCUGCCAGGAGUCUCUUCACAACAAGGGGGGAAACAAGCGGCGACUCGGUUAUUCUGGACCGAGAGUAGGAGUAAAACCGGACCGUUUCGAAGGAUAUUCGUAAUUAAAUAUACUUGUUGGGUGAGAGUUCCUGUUUUGUUUUCUGCUUUCGCUGACUGCUGUUGGUCUGCGUGUUUCCCUGUCAUGCGUCCUGUCUCCCUCUCUUGGACUUAAUGGUUUUGAACGCUGAGCGUCACGUUUGUGGACCCUUCAGCUGGGAUGUACCGGAGGGCAAACCCUCCUAAACCCGCUUCAUCUCCGCAUUUCCACUGAACAGGAAUAUAAAGCCGGUUUUUGUUUCUGUUUUUAAAGAGCUGGUGCUGGUUUCUGAAAAGCUCUGAAAAGUUUUCGUUUUAAAGGGUUGCCUAAUCAUGACCCCCAUCUGGAGGUCAUAGCCGACCCUUCGUCCUUCUUCCCCUCCGCAUCACUGUCCCUCUCCCCAAUGAUGACUAUGAGCUCCAUAUCAGACACUUUAGUAACGACCGAUCCGUCCAAAUCUGCGUUUUUGGAGUUCGGCGGCCACAGCUACCCCGGACACCCUGGACAUCAGCAACCUUCACCAGGCUUAUCCCACAACCAUUACCCGGUCCACGGACUGCACGCCGUCGGGCCCUCGCAGCACGAUGGGCCCUUCUCCUCCGGGGCCUCUUCUUACGGUCGCCCGCUGGGAUACCCGCCCUACCAUAGUACAGUGAGUGCACAUCACCCCGGUGCCUACCUGCCUUAUCAGCACGGAGGUCACAGCGGUGCGCUCGGACACACCAGACUGGAGGAUGCGGAGCACGAUAAGCCCACUGCGGUCAUAGAGAACGGAGAAGUGAGGCUCAAUGGGAAAGGGAAAAAGAUCCGGAAGCCCCGAACAAUCUACUCCAGUCUGCAGCUCCAGGCCCUCAACCAGCGCUUCCAGCAAACCCAGUACCUCGCCCUGCCAGAGAGGGCCGACCUGGCUGCCAAACUGGGCCUCACGCAGACCCAGGUCAAAAUAUGGUUCCAAAACAAGCGAUCUAAAUACAAGAAGAUCAUGAAGAACGGGCCCUGCGGACCCGAGGGAGAACACCUUGCCCCGCCGCCACCGUCCUCCUCCUCUCCAUGCUCCUUGUGGGAUAUUAGCAUGGCUGCCAAAGGUGCACCGGUGCACUCGGGAGGAUAUGUGAACAAUUUUGGACACUGGUACCCCGGACACCAGCAGGAAUCCAUGCCAAGAACUCAGAUGAUGUGACAGACAGGGAGAUGCAAACACUUCCAGGACAAAUUGCGGAUUUAUUCCAGCAGGCUGAACUGGAGCUAUGAAAGACACGGACAUUAUUUAGAGUGUGAGCCACUCUGGAGGCAAAAAUAUAAGUGUCAGACACCAAUACAACUGAAGCAGGCAGAUAUAGUGGCUACUGCUAAAAUAGCUGUAAAAUAUACAAUUAUAUAUGAAAAACAAGGAUCGGUAAAAUUGCUGAAUUUACCGUUAGAUGUUAACAGUAUAUUGAUGAUGUCUGACAAGCCUUUAUCAGGAAUCAACAAAGUGGCUCAGGUCUCAUUUGUAACAUAAUUAGCUAGAUAUGAAUAUUGAUAAACUACUCAGAGACUUAGCUAUGAGGAGUGGAUCAUCAGAUCUGAUACGCUACAGAGCUGAGCAGUGAGUGUUCGGUGCUUACGCCAAGCCGCAGUGCUGCGCAUACCUGUUCAAAGUAUUUCACUGUCAUGUUUUUGGUCUUUAUUUUUGCCAGUCGCCAAAUAUUAAACUGUGCAUAUCUGACUGAGACUGUGCUUAUGUUGCUGAACACCAACCCAAGCCAGAAGUCUCAGCUACAGCAUAAAUAUGACUAAUGACAAAUGUAGCUUUACAGCAGCAGUAGAAGCUUUUCUUUUGUAAGAGGAGGAAAUUUGGCUUUAAAUAUGUUUUUUAACUAACUUUGCCCAAGUUUUCUUGUUUAUAAAAGUCUAUUUCUGCCUCCAGAGCAGCUCUGCCUGCUAAGACCUUUUGAUAAAGCUAAACUAAUGCUACAACUCAAAGCUAACGCCAACCCUGCAUUUGUUUGUUUUUUUUAAUCCUUUUAUUUGGGGGGUACACUCGGUUUUUCAGGGCAUCCUCAUAAACAUUUUUUUAAUGAACACUCGGGUUUGCUGAUGUUAAAGACAGAUCAGAUUAAAAAGCAGAUGGAAAAGAACAUUCUUGUGAUGCUGACGUGCGUGUGUGUGUGAGUGUGUGUGUGUGUGUGGAUAUAGACCAAAAGGCAAAUAUGAAAUAGUACUAAUAGGUGUUCUUAUACUGUAUACUGUAGGUAUAAGUUAUACGCAGGCAUGUUAUGGUAUUUCUAAAAUCCUUUUUCAGGAGGAUUUAUGAUGACCCUUUGAGUAUUUUUUCCAUCUUAUUUUUUUGGCUCACUUUGUUUUUGUUGUUGUUAUUUUUUAUAAUCCAUAUAACUGAAAAUUGGACUAAAUUAAAAUAAUUGGGCUGCACACUCCCUUCUAUUCUACGCAUUGUUCGCUUUUGUCCUCCGACGGCUUUUGUGGGAUUUGGGGUGUUUGGUGGAAAAUAAUAAGCUGAUUCACAUUUUUAUGAACUUUGCAUUUUUCUGCAGUUUCAGCUUUAAAUCCCAAACACAUUUUGCCUUUGUUA